UAACUACCAAUCUAUGUGCAGGCAUAUGGAGGCAAAUGCAACAUCGCAUUGUGAUAAUGAGGAUCAAGAUGAAUAUGUUUUGCUUGACUUGGAUGGUGUUUCUGACCUACUUGACAUUCCACCAAAUGCAAACUAUGUUCUAACUGGCCUUGAUACUUUAAACCCAGUAUUGAUCAUUGAUGACAGAUUUAAGCUGAUCGGGGAGUAUGAGGAGACAAUUGGCACGAGUAUUGCCUUUACAGAACAAGAUACCCCAGUGGUUCAUGAAGUGACAGGACCAUCCGAAAAGAACCUUUUCUCCGGCACAAGACUAAUCGAUUCAAGUCAACCUUCAACAAAGCAAGUAAGACCAUUGUGUCAGCUUCACAAGGUUCUCAAAUUUAAAUUAUCACCUGAUUCUGAAAUUCGAAUUUCCACAGCUGAGAAAGAGGCCAAAAUGAAUUUGAAACCUAAUAUAUGUUCAGCUUCUACAUAUUUUGUAGAUUAACUAAGAACAUUAACAUGGAUACUGAUUAUUGAUGGCUGUAUACUUUGUCUUUGGUGAACAAUGGAUUGCUGAUGAUUUGUGUACAGAGAA